GCGGGCCACGCCCACUUCGAAUCCCCUUGUUGGGAGCUGAGACUAGAAGGUUCUGUUGGCGCCGGUUCAGUCGAUACUAAGGAGUGGAUACGGUAACUGGUCCAGCAAUACACACAGGGAACAAACCGGAGCGACAUGGCCAACUUUAACAAGGGACCGGCCUACGGGCUCUCCGCCGAGGUCAAGAACAAGGUGAGCUCACUGGAACCGUUACUCAGGGCAUCUCGCAGCUUUAGUACAUUGGGUCACAGACUUCGCCUCUAUCUCGCCAUAUGACGACGACAUAUGGUGCAGUAAUUCCAAUUCUCUCCUAUGGCUGUCUCUGGGACCAUUGUGUGUCCAUAUGGAGUGUCUAUGGAUGGUCCCACUUUCUUUUCUAGCUGGAGACAGAAUUUAUCCCGAUAGUUCAAUCAGACUGCUAAAUGGAAUUUAUCCAGAUAGUUCUAUCAGACUGCUAAAUGACUCUACAAAUAGUAUUAGAACUCUAUGGAUGUAUCCAUCACUCCAGAGGGUUCUAACAGUCUGUCUAUAGAGUCUUAGAAUUCUGAACCCACUGUUCCUUUUUUUUUUUUUUUUUAAUCCAAUCCUGAGUUUAGAUAUUUGCUUCUAUUAGUGUUUUCAUUCCCUAAGUAGACAUAACUUUGUUUUAUAGUUUGAGUAAAAUAUCUAGAAUACUCCAUACACACCAAUGUUUAUAUAUUAUUUUUUUUUCACCCCAAAAAUUACAUUAUUACUUUUUAUGCUUUUUCUCUGUGCAGUUAAAAUAAUUUAUUUUACACUCAUUGUCUGUCUGAUCACCCAGGGCCUUUUCUGGGAAGGCCCUCUUUGGACUGCACCCUUUCCUCAUGCUGGGUUACAUGCCAUCAUUUAGCUGAUGUGGCAGUGCUGUUUGUUUCUGCUUUAAUAAUUCGUGUUAAUUUGUUCACAAUAGAUGACGUUUGGUAUUGUUUUCCUUUUUACUGAUAGCUACAGAAACUGCUGACCAGCAUUCUGCCAAGAGAGAUUUAUAGAACAGUGAAAGUACUGUGAGGAAUGACUUUUAUUGUGUCCUCAGAAUGCAUUCAUUUUUUAAAUAUUUUUUUUUUUUUUUUUUAUGCCAAAGCUUAUUUAAGGAAUUUGUCCAUAGCUAUUUGGCUGUCAUAUUGUAAUGCAGAUAAUAUGUACUCUUAUAAAAAUCCAUAAGUCAUAUCCCGCAUUAUUUAAGCAAAUUAAGGCAUUGUACGGCGCUACAGAAUUUGAUGACGCUAUAUAAAUAAUAUAAUAAUAAUACUAUUGUCACUGUAUACAACCAUGGUUACAUUGUGUUUGUGGUACCCACUGGACAUUACAAUUUCAGAGUGUAUAAUAUUCAGCAGUGCGGAUCCUGGAACAGUGAAGAUGGCUCUCACUAAGUGGUUGCCUCUGGCAAGGAUUGCGAACAAUGAAUAUCGUGACCCCCAGGUGGCCUGCGGAGCUGAGCUGCACAGUAGGUUGUUACAGAAAUGCACAUCAGGAUAUUGCUUAAUGCAAUUCGUCAAUUAAACAGCUGUGUGUGCGUCACUUUAUUGACUCUUCAUCGGAACUAUCCUUCUAAAUUACUGAUGGACCUGCAUCUUCCAUUUAAUUUAAUCUUUGCUUUGUACAAGGAAACCCAGGAGCAUGGUGUUAUUGUCCUGUCUGGUGGAUGUUAAUUAGCCUUGCCUCCAUGGUCUGGGAAAAUUCAUAUGGGGGGAAAAAAAAAAUCUCUUCUCAUGGCUCUCCGCCCCUUCCCCCACCACAUUCCAGGGGCAUUACCUCAUGGCUUCUGGGAAGGGGAACAUCCAAUGGUGUGGGCUCCGCUUACAGAAUACUCAUUGUCUGCUUCUAAAUUCUCCAGCCAAGCUACAGAGGCACAAAGACUUGCUGCUGGUUUUUACAUUUCAAUAACCCCUUCAGGGAUUUUUUUUUUUUUUUUUAGUUUUUUUUCCUUUAACUUUCCUCACACUUAAGUUGUGAUAAAAAUGUUUAAAGCAUAGGCUGCUGCCAGCCAUUCACUCCUCUAUUUCCAGUUAUUUGCAAGAUCAUAUUGUCCGGUUUAACUGGUUUGUUGAAUGAACAAAGAUUAACUUCCUUGGCUUAAUUCUGAAGGUCUGUUAAAAUGAUGCAUUCAUGACUGUUUGGAAAACGUAAUCCAUUCAGGAGUUAAUGCCUAUUGUAGUGUUUUAUUUUUUAUAUUAUAUUUUUUUGUAAAGAAAAUAUAUUAGUCUUUUGCUGUUUGUUCACACUGCUUCACUGCUGUUUAGAUUAGAUUAAACCCGCUUCACAGACUUUGCAAUGGAUGCAAUAUGACGUUUAUGCAAUUGCAAUGGAUGCAAUAUGAAUAAAGCCUCAAAGCUUCUUCAAGCUACGCAGUGAAAUAUUGUAGGCUUCUGGCCCUCCUAUUUUAAUUUUGAUACUAGGGUUUUAUUUUUGGGAAAUGUAAGAAUGCAGUGCCUUAUCACCCCUCGUUCCGAAAGACCCAAAGAAACAAUGAAACUGUGCUAGCUUUAUAUUUUCCAGUAACCCCUGUGCAGCUUUUUCUAAUGUAGAUUGAUAAACUGCACGAAGUAUGGGUCUGCCCCCAGGCUUUUCUAUGUUGAAUGCAAUUCUGCUUUCGCAAGUCAAUAAAGGCUUCCGGCAGUUUCAAUUCACUUUCUAAGUAGGAUUAUUUUCCUUUCAUUUUUGAUUUCCCACAAAGUCAGUGGAGAAGCUGUGAUGUUUGUGCACAUACACGUCACUAAGCUUGCAUGUGACAUACAUGUGCAUACUCUGCAAUCUUACCGUAGAUUGGACAAAGGUUGGUAGUCACAGCCAUUUCUUUGUUGAAAGCUCUAGAGCAGGGAUAGGCAACCUUCAGCACUCCAGAUGUUGUUGACUACAUCCCCCAUGAUGCUCUUACACCCAUAAUGCUGGCAAAGCAUCAUGGGAGGUGUAGUCUAAAACAUCUGUAGUGUCGAAGGUUGCCUAUGCCUGCUCUAGAGGCAUAACAGAUGUUGGAAAAAAUUAACUUGGUAAGCACGUGUUACCUCUGCAGUGUAUUUAUAAAUGGUGGUGGUGCUUGGGGGAAAAUACAUUCUAAGACGGGUAAGGGGCUUUUAAAAUUUAUUUUAAAUUCAUGUUUGCCCCUUCACAGGUCGCUGAUGUUGAUGACCUUUCCAGUGUGCAAUUAACUGCACUCAAUCCUAUCAAAAUUAACUUAAUUUUGAACCUAUGGCUCUUCUGCGACUGCAGAAAUUAGAAAAAUGUACUGGAUACAAGUGUACAUGGAUACAAUAAUUAUGGGAUGGGCUUUUAGAGAUGUAUAUCUCUUUAAACCCUGCACUGGACCUGUGAAGUGUCAGUGUGAAGCAUUCAGAUUUUGUUGGUCAGUUAUUCAAUGAUGCCUAAUGUGUGUGUUUGGGACACCCUUUGUGCAUUGCCCACAAAUCAAAGUUCUGCUAUUGCACUAGGGGGCAGAGAAUGUAACCUGCUACCUCUAAAUGGGGGUCACGAUGGAUACAUGUCAGUGUUACUCAACAGUAUUGUACUUAAGAACAAUGGAUAAAAUCGGCUUGCUCAUAUAAUGGAAAGGAAAAUGGUCUGAGAGCCUGUUCAUGCAUUGUGUGUGUGUGUGGGUGUGUGCAUUUAGUACUUACAGCUCAUCAAUAAACCAGAGAUGCCACAGGAAGCUAUGGCUGGCUCUCUGACACGGUUUCCAUAAGAUAUUUAACAUUCCAGGACAGUCCUGCUUCAUCAGUAGAGGGUUUACGGUUACUUCAAAGAACUUCUGUGUUCUACUAGUUGGAAAUUUUAGAUUUAAAAGCAUUUACAUGGCCAUUGGUGGCACAUUCCAGUGUCUUUAGUGGCCAAAACCUUGCUGGGUUUUUAAGAUACCUGUCAGUGAUUCACUAUAUAACAUAAUUAUUUUAGUAAACUUUUAAAACUGGUCAUUGAGGACCAAAAUGUCGGUAUUAAAUCAUCCAUUUAGACACGUGGAUAUACUUAAUGUUGAGAUAUUCUUCCUAUCUCUCCCCCAACCGAAAUAGCAACAACUGUCCCCAAUGUUUGCCUGUCAGUGAACAGGGCCAGGAUAAGUAGCUUCUGUAUUGAUUUAUUGCUGGACAUGUACAGGAUGCUGGAUCACCUUUAGGUUGCUGUUGUAACAUGAAAGCAGUAUGUAAGUUUCAUAAGAUGUUUUGGGAUUGGACUAGCUUUACUAACUGUAUAGCCAGCUGAUCCUGUGUCUUCGGUUCUAGUUGGUUGCAUACCUGUAAGUGAAACACAAGCUUAUUCCACCGUUUCUGCCCCAUCUUGCAUCCAAAGGAAUGGAGCUUACUGGGUCGCAUUGCAUCUUGAGUAGAAACAUUGCUGCACAUGCAUGGCUAUCUAUGUUAAGCUCUAUAUGGUUGACUUGAUCAGUCUCUCACAUUGUUCUUCUUUAUAAUGUUGCUUCAGUUCACUCAGCCUUCGCUUCAAACUAUUCCUCUUCGCGCCUACCUUGUCCACAUGCUUACCUUUAAUUUGCUGACGGUAUUUCCUUCUGUGGGGUCAGGCAGUCUUGAAUGCAGAAGUUAUGUUAUGACAGUGCAUCUUAGUUAUCAGUAUUUUUGUUAACGCUUAGCUCAGUUUAGAAUUCAGUGCCCUUUAAGGCACAGUUGUAGGGUUAUAGCUAAUACGGUUAGAAUUGGAAUAGAUUUGUGCUAAACUUCUAGUAUUAAGCAAUCAAGCGUUCCAUUGCAUGACACUUACUGAUCAGAACAAGUGAUUUUCCCUUGCUAACCCUCAUAACUCUAAGCUUUUACACUGUAAGUGUAUACUACAGAUCUUAUGCUAUAACUAUAUGCACUACUUUUCUUUAUUUCAUUAGCUAUUAGAGAUAGGAAUUCGCUACAAGUUCAGUUUCACUGAACUAGACCUUUAGGUGAUCUCCCCCCCUCUCCCUCAAUGAUCUAAAUCUUUGCAACUUAAGAAAUCUUUACCUUUCCUAAAACUGCUGCUAUGACAUUAGAUACUUUCAGAUAAUUACUUUUUUGGAGUCAUUACUCCAUGACUAAGUAUCUUUAUGUUUUAACUAGCUCUGUGAAAGGCAUUCACUACUUUUAUAUUAUCUAUUGUUUGUAUAUAUCGUUAUCCCCUGUAUCCCUGAGAUUCAAGGUUACUUUACCUUUUUUUAACCAUAUCUAUUAAACGUUAGAUUUUAAGUGUUUAAUUUAUUUAGGAUCCCAGUUAAUUAGGACAGAUUUAUGUUCUCUAUAUUGGUGGCAUUACUAGUGCACACAAGCAACAAAAUGCUGUAUCAACUAGGUGGUCAUUCUGAUUGAAAUAGCAGAGUUUAACUCCAUUUAAAAUGAAGUGCCUCUACUUGCUGUCUGUGUGCUAACGUGGUCUGGGUGUCUGUAGAGUCCCUUUUAAGCUAGCGGGAAGCCAUGUACGCUAGCUGCAGGUCAAUACCUUCGUUUGUAUGUUCUGACAUAUCCCCAAAUGCAUGUAGAGAGCUGCAGGGUGGACCCUCUUGAUUUUGAAGCUUAAUAAGCUUACACUUUAUUUACAUUAUGCAAUAUUUGUAGGGAUUAAAUCCCAUGACGUCUCUAUGGUUUUCCUUUGAAACAUCAAUGCUGCUUGCAAAAUUCCCGACAGUCAGCCAAGCCUGUCAUACUGACCGUACAAGCACUAUCAACGUUGAUAUGGGCAGUAACCUUUAUUACUCCUCCCCCCUCCCCCCCCCUCCAAACAUACUAUAAAGCAUGUUGCUGUUAUAUGAUGUAUAAUAUUAUACAUAGUUGGAAUUAUUGUAAGUGUAAUUUCUUUUAACCACUUACAUUUCCUCAAAUGAUUAUAGUGGGUUAUCAUACUUGAGGGGUUACUCCAAGCCUCAUAACCACUAGAGCCCUUGACCAGUUCCCUUAUAAUGAGGCAAACUGUUGAGUAGCCUUUUGCCCCCUACCUGGGUCCUUGCCGGCCCUGAUGCUCCCCGGUGGUCCAGUGACUGUCCCAUUCAUUGUUUGAGAAAGUCAGCUGACCGAUCGUAGCCAAUGACUUUCAUUCUGUGCAAUGUGAUUAGCACAGAAUUAUCAUUAUUAUUUAUUAUUAGUUAUUUAUAUAGCGCCAGCUUAUUCCACAGUGCUUUACAAUUAGAGGGGAAUUUACCACAUGAGACAAUAACAAAAUGUAACCUGAACAAUAGGUAGUUGAGGACCCUGCUCAAACGAGCUUACAAUCUAGAGGAGUUUGGGUAUAAAAAACACCAUAGGAUGAGGGAGACUGCAAAUAGACAUGGUGAGAAAGUAGCAGAACUGGAGGUGAGUGGAGUUUGGCCCUUUAGGAGGAAUCAAAAGGAAGGUUUGAGAGAGAGAAGUUACUCUUGGAGGCCAUAAGCAUUUCUGAAAAGAUGGGUUUUGAGGGACUUCUUAAAGGAUUGAAGACUAGAGAAGCAUCUGACUGGUAGGCAGGCUGUUCCAAAAGAAAAGAGCUGCCUGUGAGAAUUCUUGCAGGCAUUAAUUUGCAGUAAGGGUGCGAGCAGCAUACAGGAGAAGGUCACCAGUAGAGCGGAGAGACCCAGUGGGGGCAUACCUAUCAAUCAGUGAAGAAAUGUAAGAAGGGCUAGAGUUGGUUAGGGCUUUAUAGGUAAGAGUUAGUAUUUUAAAUUGACACCUGUAGGGUACAGGAAGCCAGUGUAAGGAUUGACAGAGGGGUGAGGUGUGAGAGGAGCGACAGGAGAGAAAGACCAGCAUGGCAGCAGCAUUCAUCAGAUUGUAGGGGGGCAGUACAGCUUCUGGGGAGACCAAUUAGGAGAGAAUUAUAGUAAUCCAUGCGAGAGAUUACUAGAGCAUGAACAAGCUCCUUGGCAGCAUCUUGCGUAAGAAAGGGGCGCAUGCGGGCAGUGUUUUUUAAGUUGGAAUUGACCGGUUUUAGCCACAGACUGGACAUGAGGUGCAAAGGUGAGGACAGGACCAAAUAUUACACCAAGACAGCAAGCUUGAAAGGAUGGGGUGAGGCGGGUACCGUCAACCUGCAGGGAGAGUGAAGGAGGAGGAUCAGUGUUAUGAGGAAGAAAAAUAAGAAACUCGGACUCCGAGAGAUUGGAUGUUCUCCCGCUUUUUGAAACACAAUCAGAGAUGGAAGAAAGGCAAUUGGUGACACGUUGUAGGACAGCAGGGGAGGAGAGGUAUAUCUGGGUGUCAUCCCCGUACAGUUUGUAGUGGAAUCCAUAUGAAUUAAUGAGUUUGCCAAGAGAGGCCGUAUAGAGAGAGCACACAAGGGGACCAAGGACUGAAGCUUGAGGGACUCCGACUGAGACAGGACAAGGAGAGGUGUCGUUGGAAAAAGACACUGAAGGAGCGUUUGGAAGAUAGGAGAACCAUGAGAGGGCUGUGUCACAGAGACCAAGAGAUUGUAGAGUUAGGAGUAGGAGGCCAUGAUCAACAGUGUCAAAGGCAGCAAAGAGGUCAAAAGGAAAUAGUAUGGACUAGUGGCCUUUGCAUUGACAUUAGUCAACCAAAAACUCCUAGUUCCAGGCUGGCGGCUGAUACCUCUGUGACGCUGCUGGAUAUAACGUCACACCUCCAGCAGCAGAGGGGUUAAUCUCUGCAAAACGCUGCAUAUACAGACCUCAUGCACAAUUACCACUUCAAAUUGCUGAUAUGGUCAUGGUUCUUGUAGUAACCCAUUGAUUCCUGGAAUGUGGUCUGUGCUGUUUUGAGGAAAAAGGCAGAACUUUAAAAGAACUCCCUAGUGUGUUUGCUAAGAUAUUUGUUUUAAAUCUAUAAAAAGCUGUUUGACAAAUACUAUCUCCCACUGCUAAUGCAUCUAGUGGAAUUUCUGCAGUCUGUAGAGCUGUUUCUCCUCCUGAAAUAACACUGCAUGCGCACGAUGUAUGAUACACUGUAAAACUCAAGACUGUUGACUUUGAUUCAUUGGUGAAGUUUUAUUGCAAGGUCUCAAAUGAUUUCAAAGAUCUUCAGUGAACUGCAUUCGAAUACUAAGCUGCUCCUUUUGUAUAAAUCGUCUCUGGUUGCCUUUGUGCCUGUUCCUUAAAGUGACAUGAAAUAACAACAUACAGGUUUUUUUUUUUUUUUGUCAUUCAAUUUGCUUUUAUUGACAUCAUAACAAUUGGCAAUACAAAGUUAUAUGCCUCAAUACAGAAGGUGGCAAAAAUAGUGUACAUGUCAGUUGUUGUUCAUUUGGUAUAAAGGUAUCGUUAGACAUACAGGUUUUUACUCUGAAGAAUGUUGCAGAAAUGUUUUGUUGGCAUUGUGUAAAAUUGUUCAGGUUUUUUGUAAUACCUUUUGUUUUAAAUAUCGUCACAAGUCUAUAUAACCAUUUCUGCCCUGAUCUAAGGUUUGAAAAAUUCUCAAUAACAGUACUUUGCCAGUUACGUCUGGAUAUUUAUUUAUAAAUAAAGCACAAUCAUUUUUGCAAAUUUGGAGCUAGAAACCGCAAAUGAAUAAAACGUCUGCUCAUUUUAUUUGACAGAUUUGUAAAAAGGAGACCUGACAAGUGAGACCUGUACCCAGGUUUUAAGAGACACUUUUUUAAAGGGGCACUGUAAGUAACACAACGGCUUAUUGCAGUGUCCCAAUGAGUGGUUUUAAUUUGUCUCCCUAUCUUUUAAACCAUUUUUGAGUCAUUUAACCGUAAAUGGGGUGUCCUGGCCCCUCUGCUGUGGCUUGUAUGAAACCAACAUCUUUGUUUCUUUGUGUUUUCAAUCCCAGAUAAAGGAUUUAACCCCUCAAGGACACAGCUUCAGAAGCUUGUCUUACGCUUAAUGACACAAGCAACUUUUGCAUAGUAGUUGUGAUGCUAAAUGUGCGCCCUUAACAUAAACCCCCCUUUUUAAAUUAACAUGAAAAGGCUUUAUUUAAAAAAUAAAUAAAUAAAUGUUUAAGUAAUUUUGCCUUCUAUAUGUCCCAGCUAUACAGGGAAAUGUAUUAUUGCUUUAAUUUCACAUGAAACUGUGUAAGACUAGAACUGUUUAAUAUAAAUUUUGUAUUCUGUGCUGAUGCUCCUCUCAAAAAGCAGACCUUUUCAGGAAGUUCUUAUUUUUGGUAACAAACGUAAUUUUCUGGCAAGGUUUAUGGAAUAUUGAUGUAGAUCUAAAUCUCAUUUUCAUGCCUUUUGACCUUUCACAGUAUCGGGUCAAAUUAUAUUAUAAUUAUUUUUUCCUACACUUUGAAAUUUGGAUUUCAGGUUACUACAAUUUGAUACUGUGUGAAUACGCCAUGUGUAGAUCAUACUUCUGGAUACAGCGAUUGUGUGGAAAUAUAGUGUUAGGUCUUAAUGUCAGGACCACUAAAGGAUGUGAUCUUUGGCGAUGGGCAGAGCUUAAAGAGACACUGUAAUGUGAUUAUAGUGUCUGGAAUUUUUCCUUUCAUUUAGAGUUUGUUUUUAAUGGUUUAAUGCUAAAUUAGAGUUCUCAGGAGCCAUUCCCCUCUGCCAAACCUACCUUUCAAAUCUUUGUAUAGGAAAUUAUCUGGUCACAUCACUUCUAUUUUCAAAUGUUGUUUUGUAAUUUUGUACUUUUAUCUUGGGGGGGGGGUGGGAACUUUUAUAGCGCCAACAAAUUCUGCAGCGCUUGGAUGUAUAAAACUGGUUUGUGUGGUUUUAUUUUUACUUUAAUGUCUAUGUGGCUGCCAUAGACUAGCUCUUGAUUCCAUUUAGACUCAUUCAUGCCAUUUUCCCUAUCUUAUAAAUAAUGUACCAGGUUGGUGGUUUUUUCACUAACAAAAUUACUUUGAAUAUGUUCUCUAAGAGCCAGGUCCAGUGCGUUUUUAAAGUGGUUAUGGUGCCAAGAGUCCCCAGCAUUGUCCUUUUUAAUAAGUCGUCACACUCUGCCAUUGAGAAAUGUCUAUAAUUGCACAAAACUGAUAAUGCAAAUAGAGAAGCAAAAAGACAACUGCCACCUAAACUAUUUUUUAAUAAAACAACCAUUCACCACGUUUCCAAAAGAAAUUCUAAUUUUUUUUUAAAUUUUUUUUUACAUGAACUUUGUAAAAAUAAUAAAUGAGAAACCCAUCCCUACAUGUUGAUAAUGAUUAGGAUCCUUCAACCAAAUACAUGGACCUUGGGUCAGACAGUUUGAUAACCAACAGUCUGUAUUGUCUACUUUUGUUUUAAUUCUUGAUACUUCAUUGGAAAAAAAAAUUUCCUUUCCAAACAUGAUGAAAUGAUUAUAAUAAAAAUGUGACAGUGGUCCUUUAAGCUUUAGCUUAUAUGUGUAGACUAGAAGUUCUGUGGGCUGCUCACAGAGAUAGGUGAGUAUGAAGACUUUCCGAAGAGCUCCAGGGGAUUCUUGGAACCAUAAUCACUACAGCAGGCUAUAGUAGUUGUGAUGCUAAAUGUGCGCCCUUAACAUAAACCCCCCUUUUUAAAUUAACAUGAAAAGGCUUUAUUUAAAAAAUAAAUAAAUAAAUGUUUAAGUAAUUUUGCCUUCUAUAUGUCCCAGCUAUACAGGGAAAUGUAUUAUUGCUUUAAUUUCACAUGAAACUGUGUAAGACUAGAACUGUUUAAUAUAAAUUUUGUAUUCUGUGCUGAUGCUCCUCUCAAAAAGCAGACCUUUUCAGGAAGUUCUUAUUUUUGGUAACAAACGUAAUUUUCUGGCAAGGUUUAUGGAAUAUUGAUGUAGAUCUAAAUCUCAUUUUCAUGCCUUUUGACCUUUCACAGUAUCGGGUCAAAUUAGUUUUACAAAUGGACCAGAUCUUACGUGUCUGUCACGUCCUUUUAAGGAGAGCUUCUGAUAUUCCCACUCAUGCAAUCCUACAGUAAAAGUUUAGCAAUGGCUAAGAGCCAGAGACUUGUGGGGAAAUUUGAAACAGAUUUUUCUCCAGUUAGGUCAUGUGAAAGUUUUUUUUGGGUGCUCCAUGCAGAAAGCUAAAAGUACUUUUUUUGCAAAGUAGAGCGUCCUUGUCAAUGAGCUAUUGAGAUUACUGCAUGUAAGAGCAUGACCUGCAUCACAUGUAGUAUGUCCUAUUCAACUGUGUAGUCUGCACUGCUAAAACUACAUGGUAUUGAGACCGUGUUAAAAUAAAGUUUUUUUUUUUAUAUCCGGAAUUCUAAAACGUGGAAAGAUUAUUCUGCAAGUUGUGGAACUUGACCAUUCUAAGACUGGUCUCUAAAAAUGUGGCACAUCAGAUGUUUCCCAAGUGCCUUUCAUACAGAACUCAAAUUAUGUGAAUGUGGUUUGAACACAUCAGGGCUAUUGGCAGGGCCGGUGCAAGGGUUCCUGCUGACUUCAUGAAUGCAGUUACAUUCUCUGAGGUGUAUUCCCUAAAUUCCAAAGAUUAAACAAAAACAGCUGAACUGUAGCCGAGCUGGCGAAAUCGGCUAUUUUAACCUAAAUUCUGCCGUUUGGUUUCCAUUUAGGUCUGAUCAGUUGUCCAUUUCCUCAGCAGUGCCCAUUCCUCUCUCUACACAACCUGUGCAUGCUCUCUCGUCAGCUUUUAUCCCAUCUUACCUCUCACUGCCACUGAUUCUCUCCAGCCUCUCUUUAUUCUUAUAGGGAUUAUUCACUAGGUGACAAUCGUUGGGAAUUCCAAGUGAUUUUUCGACACUGCGAUCUAAUGAUUUGGUUUGGCUGCAGGGGGACUGCCUGUGUGAAGCAGGUCCACAAUAUAUAAUCAUAUCCAACAUAAGUCUUCCAAUAUACUUAAUUUUUCUAUAUGAUGUUAAUAUAAAUAUAUAUCAAUUUAAUCUAUCUUCAUUCCAAGAGUAUUUUGAUAUGAAUAGAAUGCAGCAGGAAUGAUCUAAAUGUGACAGCCAAGUCUGUAUUACAUUUUCCUAUCCGUUUCAUUAAUCUGACUUUGUUUGACAAGAGUCUACAAAGAGCUGUAAUACAUAAUGGCCCAGAUAAUUUAAUUUACAAGCCCUAUAUUUGAUCCUGUAACUUUCCAAAACCCCCAUAAAGCCUGCACAUUGGGGGCAUUGUACUUGGGCACCAUCACCACAUACAGCUGUGGUUUUUUUCUCAUGAACAAAAUGAUAAAUAAGUGUGGGUACCUUUUUAAUAUGAAAGGGGUAAAUUAUGGUUGAACAGACAUAUAGCUCAAAUGCAGGAUUAAGGCCUUAGGGAAAGUGCACCCAGACCACUUCAAUGAGCUGAUGAGGUCUGGGUGCCUAUAGUGUCCAUUUAAAGGGUUAAUGCCAAAAACAAAGAAACCUGGAAACAUUCUUCAGAUUUGACUACUUUGACCUUUCAUUUGGCGUUAACUUUUAAUUCAUUUUGAAUCCCAAACAAAUUCUUACCGUGAAUAACCUUGUCUUUUGUCACUUUCUCUUAUUUUCUCUUCCCUGUCUAUUCAUUAGAGUUGAAAUAUGACUAGCAACACUUAGUUACUUUAAAUCACUUCUUUUUUGUCCUAUCUCAAUUCUAUUUUGGAGUUUUUCCUAAGUGUCUAACUGCCUUCUUGUUUAAAGAGAGAGGCCAAGACCUUUAGUGGAAAAUGUCUUGGAAACUGGGAAGACAUUUAGGAAACAGACUGGGGAGACCUUUAGGGAACAAGGAUGGAACAGUGAGAUUGGGAAGACAUCCAGGUAAAGGAAACUGACCCAGAGAGACAUCCAGGGUAAGGAAACAGACUCUUUAGGGAGAGCUUGAGGUAUUUAGGAAACCAUAAUAGACCGGGAGACUUUUAUUUAUUUAUUUUUUUUUUUUUAUUUUUUUUUAGGAGAGCGACACUGUGCAUACGUUUAGGCAAAGAGACUGCCCAAUAUAAGCACACAUCCAGUACAUCCAUCCACGCACGCUGCCUAAUACAUACAAUCAACCACACACAUUACAUGCAUCCAUAAACACAUACUUUUACUUAAAAAUUUUUUUUUAAAGUGUGUGUGUGUGUGUGUGUAUGUAUGUGUGUGUAUAUAUAUGUAUAUAUGUGUGUAUGUAUAUAUGUGUGUGUGUAUAUAUAUAUAUAUAUAUAUAUAUAUAUAUAUAUAUAUACACUUCCCAUUUACAACCAUGCUGGCAAUAAUCAGUCCUCCUUAUCCUCCAUGGGGACCAUAACCAAGUGACUGGAGAAGAGGACCUUGAAUAGUAUAUGUGGAACUGCACUCACUCCCACAAAUCUGAGCCAGGGUGCUUGCUGAGCCGGAAUCAAACACCAGAUUUCCAAACAUUAGUAAAAUAAUAGGGGUACAGGCACUCCUUGGUUCACGACAGGCACUUUAUUGAGAACCACAACAGCAAAGUUUUGACCCCAAAAGGUCUUUGUGAGCUUGACAAAGACCUUUUGGGGUCAAAACUUUGCUGUUGUGGUUCUCAAUAAAGUGCCUGUCUUGAACCAAGGAGUGUCUGGACCCCUAUUAUUUUAUUUGGAGAAGAGGACCAGCCUGCAGGAAGUGUCCUUUGUUAGUAAUGGGGAGUAGGAGAGCCAUACACUGUGAGCACAGGCUGCUUCCUGCUCCCUUCAGAGGGAUUCUGGUGUUCACAGGCAGGAGGCAGCCAGGAUACCAGGUCACGUCAUGGCUUCCCCUGCCUGCAGGAAGUUCUGUUCGGGCUACAUCAUAACCCAAGCAGAAAACAGUCUGCAUUAAGGCAGGGAGGGAACACAGCAGAUUAAAUGAUUAACCACUCUGGGUGGUUAAAGAGCUGUUCGUCAAGAACUUUGGCCCCAGACAGGGGCAGCCCACAGAAAACUUCAGGGUGGGAGCCCUUGAUAGGUCAGUGCCCCAGGUAAAUGGCUGUUGGGGUAUUCUGGGUGCCUGCAUAUCAAAGGGAAGAGUCCACUUUGUUAAACCGCUUGCUAAACUUAACUUUUUAUUUGUAGCUUCCAGCAGAGGGUUAAAAAAUAAAAUAAAAAAUCUUGGUUAUUAUAAUGUAGAUACGGCGAUUUUAUUUAUUUUUUUCCUUCUCCCCAAUACCGGUGACUUUUGUCUCAACAUGGCUUUGUUAUGGAAGUUUUGUCCUUUGCAUUCCCGUCUGCAUAUCGAUCUCCGUUAACAAUUCUUUCUGUUCUUGCUGGCUCUCAAUCAGACCUGUCCCGUGCUACCUGUGUAAGGUGUUCAGUGCCCCAUCGGUUAACCUUCCCUUUAUCUUUACUUUGCCUUGUCCAUUGUUAAAAACAUUGGCUUACAAUGAACAUGCACUUUCAUUAUAGAAACCUAUUGACUCUGUCUGGUUAUGCAACUGCUUAUCUGCCAUCUCAACUGCUGUUCGUUAGUGUAGCUGAAUAAAUACAGUUUUGCCUUUGGUGUCAUGCUGUUAAACACAGAUCUUUUUAAACCUAGUAAUUGCUGAAAAAAAUGCUAAAAAUUAUAGCUUAUUUGUUCUGCCUGCUCUGCUCUUGUAUUACAUGUACAUGUGUCAAAUCACAUUCUUCCAUGGUCCAGUACUGGGUGAUUGUGCCUUGUAGCACUUGUCAUAUCUUAUCCUGUAUUGACUCAAAGGUCUAAAAGCAUUCAUUGUGGUAUUCUGAAUUCUACAAACCCAAGGAUUGAAGGAACAUUCUAAGCGCAAUAACCACUAUAGCUUGCUGUAGUGGGUAUGGUGUCCUGGCAUCCCCUCAUAGUAAGUUGUCUAAUGGUAUAACCAUUUUCGCUGGCUUUUUAACUGGAGUAUGUGGGCCACCACUCCCAGCCUCCACUACUAUGUCCAUAGAGCUGAUACUUAAGCAGGCUUUCUGAUAGCUCUUCCGAGCUAAGCUUUGCAGCACAGGGCAUACCUCAUUGCAUUUGCCUAGACUCUAGGUAAAAAGUUAAAACAUUGGCUUCUUACAGUAGGGGGGCUGCCAGAGCACUCCUGAGCAUAUCAAAUAAUCAUAUAACUUGGGCUUGAUUGGGACUGCUAUAUAUUUUAAAUUCAAACUCUCUCUAAUGGAUAUAAACUAGUAUACAUUAAAUGCGAAUAAUACCUGAUGUGAAUUUGCACAUUUUCGGGAGGCUGUAAUACUAGAAUACAUUGUUUUCUGUGAUUCAAACUUUUUUCCUUGGAAUUGUGUAUCUGACGGUGUAUAAAUGCAGCACAGACCUAAAGUAUGUUGGCAGUAGAUAAGGUAAGGAUGUGAAUAGAUUACAUUUACAAUUUUAAAGAGCCCCUGAGAGCUGACUGGCUGCAAACUCUUUGAUAAUUGCUGUGAAUUCUACAACCAGUUAGGCUUUGACAUAGUUUAGGCUUCAUAGUUGAGUAGUACAUGUCAUAUUUAUGAUUUAUCUUUUCUCCCUGCUAGAUUGCACUGAAAUAUGAUCCACAAGUAGAAGAAGAUCUGCGUCUUUGGAUCGAGGAAGUGACUGGCAUGAGUAUUGGUGAUAAUUUCCAACUGGGUUUGAGGGAUGGCAAAAUUCUGUGCAAGUAAGCAUAGGAUAUUAUUAUGCUGUUUGGUGCAUUAAUGUUCAUAAAAUCCAAUGUUCAUAAACCUUUAUGUUGCAAAAUGAAGAGAUCUAUCAACUGCACAUGUGUAAAUUUGUCAGCAGUGCCCAAUGUAUCUUUCCUGCAUUCCUAGGAAAUAGGACACUGGUUAGAACGGUGCCCCUAUAUAAAUCAUAUUCACCAGCUUCCCCUCCCCCCCUGCUGAUAUGCAUAGUGGGGCAACUGUCUCAUUCACAGCUAACGCAUAUGUAUAUUUGUAUGCAUAAAAAGCACAUUAUUUAACCUCUUAAGGACGGUGGGCGUUCUAUGCUGUCCUUGGGGACCCGACUCUAAACGCUGGCGGGCCGCAUAGAACGCCCAAGCAGUCCUAUGUACUUACCCGUUAAUAAAUAAAUAAAUAAAUAAGUGUGUGUAAAUUCACUCUAACUGUAUUUUAAAAUUAUAUAUUGAUAUUAAAAUACAUGUUGAAUGAAAAAUAUAUAUAUAUAUAUAUCUAUAUAUCUCUCAUCACUAUAUAUGAAUUAAAAAAAAAAUUCAAAAAAAAAUUGAGAUUGUAGCCGUAUUAGUCCAGUGAUGUAGAUUUAAAAAAAACAGAUAAAAUUUGUAUCUUGUAAUACCAUUUUUUUUUUUCCUGCACUCCUGUCUCUUUAACCCCUGUAUCACAACUCAACUUUGAAUUCUAUGUGUCAUCUUGCUCAGAAAUGCUUCAGACUUGAGAAAGGGAGGUUCUCCCAAAAGCUUGUCAUUAAAAAAAAUUCGGUUAUUCCAAUAAAAAAAGGUAUUCCAAGAUACACAUUUUAUCUGUGAGAGAUAUGUAGCGGUUACCCCAUGUAGCAGAGGGGUUACAACCGCUGGAGGGUGUCCUUUUCCCGAUCAGUGAGGAGGAUUCUCAGCAUCCAGUCGUGUUCCAAAUGAAGAAGCUCUUACAAGAGCUAGUGGGAAUAGCUGUAUAGCGUUUCUGUUUUACUCGGAAGACUUUGCUGAACACAAAUAUUAGUGUUUCAAAACAGUAAAUUGUAUUACAACGAUGAUAUCGUCAGUGACAGUGAUUUUUUUUUUGAUUUUUUUUUGCAUUUUUUGCAUUUUUUUGCAUUUUUCACACACAAAUGGUACUUACACGAACAAUAUAAUUAUUGAUACGUUUUACUGUUUUGAAUCACUAAUAUUUGUUUUCAGCGAAGUCUCCCAAGUAUAACCGUACCCCUAAUUUACAGGUUUUAUGGUGUUUUCAAAAGUUACAGUCAAAUAUAAGUCUUGCGGUUCAGUUUUUUUUCACAUUGAAAAUUUGCCCGGUUGGUUAUAUUGCCUUUGAGACCGUACGGUAGCUUUGGAAUGAAAAUUACCCCCAUGAUGGCAUACCAUUUGCAAUAGAAGACAACCCAAGGUAUUGCAAAUGGGGUAUGUCCAGUCUUUUUUAGCCACUUGGUCACAAACACUGGCGUUCAGAUUAGUUUUUUGCAUUUUUCACAAAUACCAACAUUAACUUUGGCCAGUGAUUGUGACCAAGUGGCUACUAAAAAAGACUGGACAUACCCCAUUUGCAAUACCUUGUGUUGUCUACUUUUGCAAAUGGUACGCGAUCACGGGGGUACUUCUUAUUUCUGGGCUACCAACUGUCUCAAAGGCAACGUAACCAAUCUGGCAAAUUUCAAUAUGGAAAAAAAUGAAAAAUGUAACAUGCUAUAUUUGACCCUUUACCUUCCCAAAACACCAUAAAAUCUGUACAUAGGGCGCCCUUUUUACACGUGAGACAUCACAGAAUAUAAAUGUGUAUUUUAUUGCAGUAAAAGCAAACCGUAUUAUGACAUUCAGUUAAAAUGUCAUGUAGAACUAAUUUUUCUUUUUAAUUUAUUUUCUCCCAUUUUUAAAUAUUUUUUCAUAUUAAAUUAUGUUUCAUACCUACAUAUUUGAUGUUAACUGAAAGCCCUGUUUCCCCUGAAUAAAAUGAUAUAUAAUAAGUGUGGGUGCACAUAAUGUGAAAGAGGCGAAUUACUCCUUAACAGACAUAUAGCGCAAAUUCAAGUUUUUGUUUACGUUUUGUUUUGAUCACAACGUGUACAUUUGGCUCAGUCCUUAAGGGGUUAAUGACAGAAUCAUAUCUUGAGCCCCCCCAUUGUCAAAAUUCCAGAAUAUGGAGAGGAAAACUAGCAUCGCACCUGCCAAGUCUUUUUAUAUGCAAGUUAUUGACAUGUAUACAAGGGGUUGUGUUAUGGAUGCAAACACUUGCUUCCUGUGUGUAAUUCUUGGUAUAGUGGGUGUUAAUGGCUAACACCCUUUAGUCUGGUUUAAAAGUUUAAAAUUGUUUGUAAAAUCUAUUUUUUUUUUAUUUAUUUUUUUUUUAUUUUUUUUCAGUCUUAUAAAUAUACUCCAUCCUGGUGCAGUAAGAAAAAUAAACGAAGCAAAAUUAAACUGGCAUAACGUAAGUAGGAUUGGGGUAAUGGGGAUUGUCCCUGAAUAUAAUGAGAAUGUGUUUGUUUUGUUUUUUAAUUCAAUUUGGUGUGCUUUUUAGACUUUAUUCUGAAUUUUUACAGUGGUGACUAUUACAAUUAGUAAAAACAGCAAAGAUUGGGGUAUGGGUCUGCGCCAGUGUGCACAAUAAAUAAUAAUAUUAAGUCCAGUGAGAUCUAUAUUGUCGUAUCCAAGGAUCUACUUCAACGAUAUCCAGAAGGUGUUGGUGGUGUGAAGAGUAAUCCAAAUAUGUGAAAAAUAGAAGAGAUCUUACUUACAAUUGGCAGAGCUUAAUCCAGCUCUGGUGUGAAUGGCUUACAGCGGUAUUAUCCCCGCUUGUAGGAUAUGCAGCAAGUGUCCUCUUCUUUGUAGUGGCAGGUAACCAAGUUUGAGAAUAAAAAUAGAGACAGUAAUGGUGCAGUAUGUUCCACACGUAUGGAAAAAAUUAUAAAAUAUAGUAGAUACACUCACAUUCGGUAGAGCUUAGACUAGCUCUAGUUGAUUUGGCGUGCAGCGGUAUUAUCCCCGCUUGUGGGAUAUAGGAUGAGUGAUCUUGACUUGAGUCUCAGGAGCUCGGAGAGAAGAUAAAACAGCGAUAGUGCUCUCAAUAAAAUAUUGGUAAAAUAAAUAAGAUAAUAAAAUAUACUCACAGUAUAUAGGGCAGGCUAACUGCUCUGUGUAACAGCGUGGGUGGUAUAAUCUCCACCUAGGAUUCUUGGGAGUAUAGUAUCCAGGAAAUAAAAAAUAAGUAUAAAAAUGGAUAUAAAACGUAUAUAUAAAAAAAAGGAAAAAAAACUAUAUAUAAGGCCAGGUAAUAAGAGACAAAACAUGAUGGUUUAAGCAUAAAAAUAACCAAAAUCUUUUUAUUGACAAUAUAUAAAACAGUAAAAGUAUCCAAACGCGUUUCGCCAGUAUGAGGCUUUAUCAAUGGAUAAUAAACAUUUAAACCUGGCUAGUAAGAGUUUAUAUAGGAAUAAAAUUAAUUUAAAAUUGGCGCCAAAAUUGUACAACCAAUGGUAAAGCAGAUCUUAUAUGCAUUUACAAAACAGCUUUUAGUGUUACAAAUUCAAUAGAUUUGACUUAUAUAAUGCUUAUAAUAUAAUUUGUGAAUAAAAACAAGCGUUAUUUAAUAACAAUAUUUGUGUUAUAAGCCGGACCACGUGACGCGUGUCAUAAGUGCGACGUCACUUCCGGUCGGCGGUAUCAUGGGGCAUGUAGUUUAGAAGUAAGCUACAUGUCUCAAAGCUGAAUGGGGACCCACAUUAGGCUAGGGGAAGCCACUUUGUGGCUUUAUGCUAAUUUUAAAAUUAUGCAAUUCCAUUGAGGUAUUUAUUUGUGGAUGUGUGCACAGCUACUGCAACAUCUCUGUUAAAGAGAAGCUAUUCCGUAGAUGCCCCCCCCCCUCCCCUGCUUUCAUUGAACAAAAAGUGCAGAUUUCAGUGUUUUUUGUUGUUGUUGUUUUUUUAUUUUUUUUAUAUGGAGCUUUUAUAAAUUGACCUUGUUCCACCUCCCUGACUGUCAGACAAGUCCUGUCACUUCCAGGUAGUUUAGCUCAGUUGAGCCAAGUUCAACAGGCAGCAAUUGCUUGGAGCCACCUGCCUUGCAAAGUCUUCUCGUUGAGCUAUUGGAAAGUCUGUGAUUUGACAGCCACAGAAAGGCUUUAACUUAAUUUCUGGCUUUAAUCUGAUGAGGGCUUGUAAAGGCAGCAGACAUGAGAAGUGCAGCUUUUGCAAGCUGUUUUAAGAUAUAUCCCCAAUGAAAAAAGAAUAUAUAUGUAAAUGUAGGUUUUCUAAGGGUGUAUAUCUACUAAGCAGUGAAUUAAUUUUUGUAUUUGGGCAGUAAAGUUGUCGGGUUUUUUUGUUUUUGUUUUUUAAAAAAGGCAGCAAACUUUGCACAACACUAAAAAAAAAAAAAAAAAAAAGUAUUUGCUUUGUUUUUGCUACUGAGAUAAUAUCGAUCAAACAAACUACACAUGUGUAUGUCUGCUUGGGGUAUAACGCAGGACACUUGCAAUCCUGUUAAUUUUCUAAUGAUAACCCCAUGUCCAGUGAUAUGUAUUUAUUUUUUUAACUUCGUUCUCCUGCAGAUAUAGGGGGUGGGGGUGCAAAGAAUUACUUUUCAAUACAUUUCAAAUACUGCAAAAAAAAGUUUGACGCCCAGGAAAGAGUUGGAAAUAUCUUAAUCAUUUCAUUCACAAGUUGCAGCUGCCAAGUCAAAACAAAUCUUUUACGAUGUUUAGUGCAAUGCUUCAAAACUAUUACAAAGUUAUAUUUGAGGUUUUUGCAUUGGAUUUUCUUUUGUGUAUUCAGUAAAUGUUACAUUGUGCACAAUAUGAUAAAUUCUGGAACUGUAAAGAGUUUCACAGGCAUUCUUAUGUGUUUUUUUUUCUUUUCCAUUCUAUAUAUAAUGUUCUUGAUUUUGUUUUAAUCCUUUUCUACAGUUGGAGAAUAUUGGAAAUUUUAUUAAGGCGAUACAGGAAUAUGGAAUGAAGCCUCAUGAUAUCUUUGAAGCAAAUGAUCUCUUUGAGAAUGGAAACAUGACCCAAGUACAGACUUCUCUGGUGGCUCUAGCUGGUCUGGUAAGCACCUGCAGACUGUUUGCCAGACAGAACUUAGUCCUUAUAUUAAUGGCUGCUCUCAUAGUCUUGUUCUUAAAUAAAAAGAAUCCAAUCUCAUCUAUUAAUUUUUAUUUGCCUAAAAUCCCACUGAACAAUCUUAUCGAAGUCCAGCAAGACAGGCUAACUGCCUGCAAGUACACCUUCAUGAAUGUAGCGCAUUCUGCCUUUUAAUUGUUACUUCUGAUUUAUGCCCCUCAGACUCCAAUCUCCUCUCUUGUUUAUUUUGUCCAUUUCCUCUUUAUCAGAUUGCAUGCAAGCACAGUGCUUUAAGUUUGGUAGGAAACUGCUGUGUGCAGCACACGCACAGCACAUCCCCUGCUAGUCAGGAGUGUAACUUGCUAAAACAUAAAGAAAACGUGAAUAAAAUUAUGGCACUCCACUGACCAUUCCAUUGCAUCGAAUGUUCCAUUAAAGUAUAGAAAUCUGUUAAGUUUUUAUGUGAUUUUUUUUUUUUUAUUAGGCCACCAUUAACCAAAAUAGGUUGUUUUUUUAUGUAUUUAUUUUUAAGCUCAUUUAGAUGUUUGCUUUUUGUAGGCAAAAACAAAAGGAUUCCACACUACAGUAGAUAUUGGUGUAAAGUACGCUGAAAAGCAGAAGAGACAAUUUGAUGACAAUAAACUAAAAGCUGGACAGAGUGUAAUUGGCUUGCAGGUACAUUUCUGAAUUUAUAAUUUCAGGAUUUUGACAACGUAUACAGCAUAAGCUUCAAUUUCUAUUUAAAGGGACAUUUUAGUCACCAAAACAACUUUAGCUUACUGAAGCAGUUUGGGUGUAUAGAUCAUACCACUGUAGUUUUACUGCUCAAUUCACUGCCAUUUAGGAGUUAAAUCACUUUUUUGUUUGUUUAUGCAGCUGUAGGUACACCUCCCCUGGCUGUGCUUGUCACAACGUGAAUAAAAAAGUUUCAUUUUCAAUCCGAUGUAACUAACUUUAAACGUUUUUAUCUCCCAAUUUGUAAAUUGAACUUUAAUUACAUACAAUAGGUUCCUGCUGUAUCUAGCAAGUUAUUAACAGAGCAGGAACUGAGAAAUUUUAUGUUAAACAGAAUUUAAAAUAAAGGAAGUGUACACAUUAGCUGACUCUUUAAAGGAAGUGUGUAGGAGGGCUGUGCAAGUCACAUGCAGGGAGGGGUGUCUAGGGUUGUAUAAACAAAGUGAUUUAACUCCUAAAUGGCCACGAAUUGAGCAGUUAGACUGCACAGGCAUGAUCUAUACAGCAAAACAGAAGUUGUUCUGGUGACUAUAUAGUGUCCCUUUAAUUUUGUACUGGUUUGCAUUCUAGAAGACUAAGGUUUUGAAGCUGGACUUUUGAAUCUCAGACUAAAUGUAUUUAAAUUUACAGGUCUCCAGGAUAGUUCUUUGCCCAUUUAUAUUAAACUAAUUGUAAAUAUUUUCUAUUUUAUCAAUAUGUCUGCAUUUGUACAUUUCAGCUCUCACCUGUUUUCGGUUUUGUUUUUAUUUUUUAAUUCCAGAUGGGAACCAACAAAUGUGCAAGUCAAGCUGGGAUGACUGCCUAUGGAACCAGGCGACACCUGUAUGACCCAAAGAUGCAAACAGACAAGCCUUAUGAUCAGACAACAAUAAGUUUACAGAUGGGCACAAACAAAGGUGCUAGUCAGGUAAGAAAUGCUAAAAUGUUCUUCUUUUCAAGUCAAAAUCACACUUGGCGCCCUGGCCUUUAUUGCAUUUGGUUUUCAAGAUCCAAUGGUCAUCAAGCCUCUCUUAAAAUCUACAAAACAAGCAGGGGUUGUUCUUCGCUGCUGGUGUUCAGUACAUCUGAAUCUCAUCAAUGACUGAUGGAACUUUGCUCAUUUCAAAGCAAGUUACAAUGUCGGGCCACUUGAUGUGGCCUGGCUACAUAAUGGACGCAAUUGUUAGAUCUCUAGUGAUGUUUGCAGCUGCUGAUUUAUUUUUAGUUGAAGCGUAGGCCUAUCAUAUUGGGUUUUUUUUGGGGGGGAGGGGGGGUAGGGAUUUGUAAACAGGAGAAAUGAAAUUAAUGGUUUAGGUUUUUUUUUAAUUAUGGUGGUUAUGUAAGUGAUUAACUAUAUUGGGUAUUGUCUACUCUAAACUCUUCGUAAAUAACAAUUGGAAAUUACCAACACCGUAUGCAUGCUUGAGAGAUUCUAUGAAUAAAGUGCUUUACAAACUGCUUAACAAUUUAGAAUAUAAUAUAGCAAUUUUUUUAUGUUUAAAAUGUUAUUUUCACGGUCCGUGACCAAUAGGGGUACUGUAUCUAGACUAGAAUCAUUAUAAAAUGUACUAAUAAAUGAACAGCAGCGUAAGCAGUUAGUCCAACAAUUCAGUUAACAUUAACUUUGUCUUUUUACUAGGCUGGUAUGCCUGCCCCAGGAACAAGAAGAGACAUCUAUGAUCAGAAAGGAAUCUUACAGCCAAUUGACAAUUCUACAAUUUCAUUACAAAUGGGAACCAAUAAAGUAGCCUCUCAAAAAGGCAUGAGCGUGUAUGGUCUUGGGCGACAAGUAUACGAUCCCAAAUACUGUGCUGCUCCAACAGAGCCCAUCAUACACAAUGGAAGCCAAGGGACUGGAACAAAUGGAUCUGAAAUCAGUGACAGCGACUACCAAGCAGAAUAUCCCGAUGAGUACCAGGGAGAGUAUCCUGAAGAGUAUCCCAGAGAUUAUCAUGGGCACUACAGCGACCAGGGCAUAGAUUAUUAGAUGUAUACAAUGUACUCUGUAUUAGUUUAUUUUAUUCCAUGGAGACCAAGCUAGCCUUGUGUAAUUUUACCAGUCUUCCUUAAACACUCUGCUUUAAUACGGAAACAAAUUAUUGCCUUACAUUCCUUUAUUUCUGCCUUCUAUCCCUAGUUGCCUUCUAGUGCUGAGACUGAUUUUAUUUUCUACAGCAUUAUGAAUAAUUGCAUAUGAAGUAAAAGGAAUACUGUGAAUAAUGAAGGGAACAUUUGUUCAGUUAUGCUAUAUCCGGUCUAUGCAGUUUUGCUAUUGAUAUCAUGGAGUGCAUGCUACAAACAAAAUCCACACCUGUUUUCCCUUUUUACUUCUUGCAGCAGUAGUAAAAAGUGACGGUAAAGUAAUGUCUUAUGUAAUUUUAUUUUUUAAAUUUAAGUUGAUUCGAUAAAUAGGUGUUGUAUUUUUUUUCUGCUUUGGUUUCAAGCAAUAUAUUUUCUGCUGAUUCUCUGGCUUUCUCGAGGUAGAUGGCACUUUUGCUUCUUGACCGAAGGAAUAUAGGGGUUUUUAACUAAACUGAUCAGUCUGGAACAUGUUACAAUCUUGGCAGCUCAUUAUUUAACGAAUAACCCUGUGGUGUUUGUGGUGACAGGCAGCAUCUUAAUUUUGCAUGCUCCUCUCACUGUAAGUAAUUCGUUACAAGCACUUCACUAUUUCAGUGUUACUCCAGAGCUACAUUGUAUGGUAGACUUUGCUGCUUGUAACAUUUUAAGACUUAAUAUGGGCAUGUAGAAAUAGCUGUAGAUCUUUUGUGGUUUAAUUGUGCUGCAUCAUUGUGAUACACAUUCCAUAUAGCUUUGAAAUCUAAAGGGAUUUGUUUGUGUUCAUAAUUUUAACCCCUUAAGGAUGUGUGACAUGUUAUGAUUCCCUUUUAUUCCAGAAGUUUGGUCCUUAAGGGGUUAAAGAAGCCAGUUCUUGGAAUUUUUAAACAAGCAAAUGGGUUUGGUUUAGAUAGUCUACAUUGCGAAUUCAAACUAUCGAUCUUGCCUGUUAUUUUAAAAGUUGUCUAUGACGUGCCACAUAGGAUAACAAGGUUUUUAUUGUAGGUGAAGGACCAAGAAUUGUAUUAUGCUAAAAAUAAUGUGCUUUGUUGCUGCUGAGAGAGCAUGAUUUAGAAAGCCAGAGAACGUGUAACCUGCUCUACAUUCCUUGCCUUUUCCAAUAAAGGAAGGCUGUAUAAAGUUUUUAGGACUAUGCAAAUGUUAACUCCUCUAUCAAAAUGAACUGCAAAAACAAGCCAGAUUUGCUGCAGCCAUUCUGAUCACUGAGAGUUAAUUUUAAAAUUUGCAUUUACAUUAUGUCUGUGCCAUAUUGUACUCAUGUAGUAUGUGCUUAAUUUCUUUUAUGUAUAUUUAUUGCCACAUUUCUCAGCAUAAACUGAUCCCAAUGUAUUUUUUUAUAAAUAAAUUUUGAUAUUUUUUUUUCGUUUGCAUUGUUUUGCCACCUGCUUGUGUUUGUUAUAUAGAUUUAGCUUUGCAAGGGAAUUUAUUUACAGUUUUAUUCUUGGUAUGCUUUAUGUCUAAUACAAAAGAUGAAAUUGGUGUGCAGCUGUGAUGGUCAGCGAGUUAUGCUAAAGUUUAGAUUAUUCACCAAACUGUAGUUCUGAAAAUUGGCAACUUUUUUCUCUUGAGGCCAUUUACAAAAGUGCCACCAAAGUUGUAUGUUAAACCAGGGAUUUUAAAUGGUAAACUUACUCUAGAUUAGGGGUGGGCAAAUUGUAGAUCCCCCAAAUGUUGUAAAACUGUAACUUGCAUUAUGCUUUGCCUUUCUAAAGGCUGAUAAAGCAUCAUGGCAGUUGAAGUUCUAGAACAUUUGAGGAUCUACUGUUUGCCCAACCCUGCUUCUAGAUCUAAAGUGAUUUGUUUAGAAGUAAAUGCAAAGUGCCAAGAGUUAACUAAAGCAGUACUACACACAAAGCACUUAGCAACUUGAAGUGCUUUGUGUCAAGGGCAUCUCAUGUUAAUUGCAAAUUAUAAAACUAGUGUAUGUUUUCUUAGCGUUCCUGCCUUCACCUCCAAGUCCAUUUUCCUACAAGCAUGCACACAAGUCCCCAGGUCUCACUCUAUGCGUUACGCAUGGUCACAGUUUAAAAUCAGAGGCUUCUCAAUUAACCUCUGUUCAGUCUGUGACAGGGAAGUGAACAUUUUUACAGAGGCUGCAGAUAAGAGAUCUGCAGCAUGAGCAAGCUAAUUUUAGGUACAUUUCAAAUGAAAAACAAAAUGCAUACAUAAACAUGCAUGCUUUCAUUGGGGGUAUAUCCAUUUACAAAAAAAACUGCCAAUCAAUUGGUCCUUUUAAAUCUGGGAUGGAUGCACCAAGCAAUAGGUGCAACUUGAAGUCUGCAUACAAAGUACACCGUAAAUUUAACAGGCAUGCCACCAAAAUAUUCCAAUAUGUGCAGUUGCUACGAGUAAAGAGCGGGUCAUUGAUAAGACCCCAAAUGUAAAUCCUGGACAAAUCAAGUUGUUCAGGUGUGUGUUUAUUUUUAUUUUUUGAAUGGAUUUUUGAUUACAUAAAAGUGUAGUACUGUGAAAUAAAACAUUAACACAUGAUCUAAAGUAUCCAUUUUAUUCCAUACUGCAAGUAUAAAUGGUUUCAAAGUAAUGGUUCAUAAAUACUUCUACACUGUAUAAAAAUAGUAACUCUACAUCAAUAAAAUAGACUUUCCAUAUUUUAAGUCUUUCAGGAUUUAAUCCUUAUAAGCCAGCAGGUAUUCCUGUAAGAGAAUUUAAAUGUUGAGUGAAGAAAGCCAGUAUGCUUUUUUUUUUUUUCUUCCUCCAAUGCCAGUACUUCAGCAUUGACACAGAAUGUGCACCCUACUCAUAUAAAAACUAUUGGAUUUUACUGUGGAACACACUACACAUUGAUCUUUCAAGCUUUACCUGCAGGGUAAAGGGCAUCGAUAGGGAAUGAUGUUGCUGUGCUGUGUGAUGAAUACAUAGUUUCAUUCUGGGUAACAGACUGCUUUGGGGAAACGUUCUGGGUCUAUAAGGGUAACCAGGAUAAAUUCUAAAAUGUGAAUUGGCCUUUUGAGAGCUCCAUGAUGUCCUUCCAGGACUAGUUAUGGCACACAAGUUUAGGUAUCUAGGCCAGUGUUUCCCAAAUGGGGUUCCGUGAGAACACAAAUUGGGUUCUGCCAAUAUUUGGGAAUAAAAUGGCCGCUGCGAUAACUGAAGUUGGCGGCGAAGGAGCUGAGCAGGGGAGAGUGCUCACUCGCUGCCCGCCUCAAUUAUCGGGGCAACCAUCAGAGCAGCGCUCACAGCAGUGAUGCUGGAAUAGGACGUCACUCCGGCAUCACUAAGAGGCGCACAAGGAAGCUGAGCAGGAAGAUCCUGCCCGCAAGUUGUUCAGCCCAGCGGCCCCACUGGACCCCAGGGACUGCACGCCAGCCGCUCAGACCCACUGGACCACAGGGAAUAGAGACUCCAUGCAAUCCCAAAGGUAGAGCGGGAGCGGCUGGGUAGAGUGAAAUUUAAAAAAAGUGUCUGUUAAGGAGUUUGUAUGUGGGUAUCUGUGUGUCAAGGUUUGUGUAUGUUGAUGCACUAUGUCAAAGGGUUCCACGGGAAAAAAAAAUAAUUGGGAACCCCUAAACUAGGGAGAUGUUCCAACUGAUGGACGAUCACAGGGUUGCUACACCUGUUAUGUUUGAUAGUACAGAUUUUUCAAAUCCUUAUAUGCAAUUGUGAAGAAAGGCUGUGAUUCACGAAGUAUAUUGGGCACUUAAGACACUUGCAUGUAAAAUGUAAAGAGAAAUAUAUAUUUUUUACUAUCCACACUAAAACUCAUGCAUACUGUAGUACAUUAAGGGAGCCACUUACAUGUGUAGUGAAAUGGCAGCUCAUAAAAUUUUCACAAUUUUUUAUUUACUUUCUCGCUGAGCAGCCAUGUUGGUUGAGAAUCUUCUCUGAUUAAAUGCUGUAGUUUAACACGGCAGCAGGCAUGUUUAUUGCGCAGCCGCAAUUGGUCAUAUAACAAACAUGGCUGCUCAGCCAAAUAAAAUAAAAAAUUGUGACAUUUUCUAAAUGGAGGAGAGGCGGGGAAUAAACAUACAUUUUUUUUUUCCAUUAAAUAGUUUAAAAGUGAAGCUGAAUUUUACUUUUAAAUUACUAAAAUGUGUUUUGUUUUUUGUAAUUUAUGAGUGACAUACUACAGAAGUGUACAAGUGCAGUUCUUGUUUUGUAGGGAUUAGCCUGAAGGAUCAGAGUUGAGAAAGCAAGAAGAAUAAAAGUUGUCUAUAUAAUGCAAACAAAGGUGGGAGUAGUAACAAAACACAUUGGAGAGCAUCUUUCAUCCUCAACUACAAGUUUGAAUUGGCAUCCAUGCAAAAGGAAUGGCUUUAAAAAAAAAAAGUCAUUAUGGUAGGCUGUGCAAAGCACCAUAUCAGUCUGUGUUACCACUUGAUACAAAUGCAAUGCAUUAUGUUCUUGCACUGUGCAUCAAAUGUUGUAGAAAUCCUUCUGGGAACUUUGGCAUCAGAUUUCAUUAUAAAGAAGCAAACUGUAGUGUUUCCUAAGCUCUUGUAUUGCAAACAGAAUACAAAGCUUAGUGUUAACCUGCGUGAAGGGAAGCUUUGUGAUGCAACCAGUCAUUAAGUCUUUCAAAUGAGCCAUUCUCUUGUCUCUAACUGUACAUUUGCAGAGCUGUAGUUUAUCAGCAGACAGGAAGCUCCAUUUGUAAUAAAAAAAGCAAGCUGAUCAUUCUGCUCUGGCUAUUGGCUGUAGUUCUGUACCUUCAUCGCCAUUCUGUGUUGGUAUGUUCAGUUUUUCAGGUAGACUGGUAGUUCGGUGAAU